UUUAAUUAUAGUAGCAUUUUGGCAAACACAAACAGACAAACAAAGGAAGAGGCAGCGUGUUUUCCGGUAGAGAAAAGACGGAGAGAGUAAAAGCCGAAGUUGUAAACGUGGCAACAUAUUGACCGCAGGAUCUAAAACACGUGAUGAUCAACGGUAAGAUAUAUCUUGUCCGAGAAGUGUUUUGUGAUAUUAAUUGGUGUAAGGAAAAUCUGGAAAACAAACAAAAAAGAAAAGAGAGACAGAGAAUUUAAUAAGAGAGGAAGAGUAUUAAGGUGAUGGCGGCGUUGCAGAGCGCGAGACAGAGAAAGAAACCUCUCUGAGAUACAUCUCUCUCUCUCUCUCUAUCCCCUCUUAAAUACACUCCAUACCGACAAACCAACUUUUUUCUCAGUACUAAAAGAAACCUCUAUUCGAUUUCUAAACAAACCCUAGAUAUAGACUACUCUACAUUCUUCCAUUAAGUUAAUCUCUUUCGUCUUCUUCUUCUUCAUCCUCUCAUAAUUAAAGAUCUCUAUCAAGAGAGAGAUCUUUUAUUGUCUUCUUCUGUUAAAAUCUUUUGAUAGAUCUUCACUCUCUGAAAGUCAAGAUCUUAGUCUAGGCAAGUAAAUAUGUGGUAAAGCAAAGCCCUUCUUGAAAUUGGUCAUAUAUGGCUGGUGGUAUCGGAAAAUGGCAGGAUUUUUCUCGUUAGGACACGGCGGAGGAGGAAACACUCCAGACAACCACAGAACAAACACUAAUAAUCCUUCUUCAUCGGGAACAGAAUCUUGGCUUUGGUGCAGAAACCCUAACUCUAACGCUGACGGUGGAGAAGCUGGUCCUUCUUACAAAGGAACCCUUGAGCUAUGGCAACACCCAAACAAUCAAGAAAUCAUUUUCCAGCAGCAGCAGCAACAGCAACAAAGGCUGGAUCUUUACACUUCCGCUGCGGGUUUAGGUGUUGGACCGAGCAACCGGAGCUUAAUUGAAACUUCCGGCGGUGCGUUGAUGAUGAUGAGAAGCGGUAGCGGUAGCGGCGGACCAAGCUGCCAGGAUUGUGGGAAUCAAUCUAAGAAAGACUGCUCUCACAUGAGAUGUAGGACUUGCUGCAAGAGCCGUGGCCUUGACUGUCCCACUCACGUGAAGAGCACGUGGGUUCCUGCCGCUAAACGCCGAGAACGCCAGCAGCAGCUUUCUACCGGUCAGCAACCGCAGCAACUGGGAGGGAGCGUCCCUAAACGACAGAGAGAGCGUAUCCCGGCGAGAUCGACUUCCAUGGCCUACACUCGUAUACCUUCUAACAACACUUCAGGGUUGGAGGUUGGGAAUUUUCCGCCGGAAGUUAGCUCGUCGGCAGUUUUUCGGUGCGUGCGUGUGAGUUCCGUAGAUGAUGAAGAAGAAGAGUAUGCAUAUAAAACAGCUGUGAGUAUAGGCGGUCACGUCUUCAAAGGUGUUCUCUACGAUCAAGGCCCGGCCGAGAGAAGCUCCUCGGGCGGUGGAUCUCAGCCGUUGAAUCUCAUAACCGCAGGCCCAUCGGCCUCAUCAUCAAGCCCAAACGUGAGCUGCAACAAUGGAGUCGUUGGCUCCACUUCAGAUCAUUAUAUCGAUCCUGCCUCACUUAAUUAUCCUACUCCCAUUAACACUUUCAUGACUGGUACGCACUUCUUCUCCAACUCAAGAUCUUGAAUUCCACACAGAGAGAGUACAACAAAUCAUAACUUUUUUUUAGAUUCUUACGGUAGAAUUAGGGUUUUAAAACAUCUUCGGAGGUGAAGAUUAUAACGUACUAAUCUUGGUUUUCAAAAGUAAUUAACUAAGGGAGAUAAUGUUCUAUUAAAACAAUUGUUACCUGAUCUUUUAUUAUUAAGUUCAAAUUUUGUAGGUAUAAUGUUAAUGUAAUAGUAUACUCCAAUUUUCAACUGUUACAAAAGUCAACGACCCUGUCUCUGUGAAAGCUCACAUCAAAAGCAAGAUUUGCAGCUGGCAGUUUUCAACUGUGAUCGUUAAACUCAGCCUUGUUUUAUUGUCAGCUUUUCACAUUACUCUUUUUUUAGGUUUACUUUAACAUUAAUUUACCUUUCAAAUUACUACUUUAGGUCAAUUAAUUGCAAUUAUGAUUUGCCUGUAGAAAUAUUAAUGUGAAAAACAAGGUUACAAAAUUGAAAUUUGGGUGAAGACAUGUAUUUAGGUGUCUUGUGCUUUUGGUCAACAAAUCAGACACACUAGCACAGGUAUAUCGUUCGUCUACGACUACUAUAUAUCCGGCAAUAUGCCAUACCCUAAUCUUAAGUUUUAUUCAGUUUGAGCCGUUUUUAAAGUGAUGCUCUCAUUCCUAUGAUUGAUAUAAUGUCAGUACACUUACAUUUGAAGAGAGACUUACUGCCACAUCCGACUCUUUACAUUAUUUUUUAUAUAUAUAUAUCCUGAUAGCCAGUUUCUCCAUAUUUCUAUCUUACAUA